AUGACGACCCCUCACACGCCCAACAUCACGCUAUACACGGACUCGACGCCCAACGGGCUCAAAAUCUCCAUCGCGCUCGAGGAGCUCGGCCUGCCCUACAAGGUCGAGCACAUCGACAUCUCGACCAACCGCCAAAAGGAACCCUGGUUCCUCGAGAUCAACCCCAACGGCCGCAUCCCCGCCAUGACCGACACGUUCCGCGGCGACGGCCAGAAAAUCCGCCUCUUCGAGGCCGGUGGGAUCCUGCAGUAUUUGAUCGACGAGUACGACAGCCAGGACCACAAGAUCAGUUACCCCCGCGGCACCCGCGAGUUUUAUGAGAUGGUCAAUUGGACGUUCUGGCAGAAUGCCGGGCUGGGGCCGAUGCAGGGCCAGGCGAAUCACUUUGUGAGAUACGCGCCCCAGAAGAUCGAGUACGGCAUGAACCGCUACGUCAACGAAACCCGGCGCCUGUACGGCGUGCUGGACAAGCACCUGCAGACCUCCAAAUCGGGCUUCAUCGUCGGCGACCACAUCUCGGUCGCCGACAUCACCACCAUCGGCUGGGUCAUCUACGCGGGCUGGGCUGGCGUCGACAUUGACGAGUUCCCCAACCUCAAAAAGUGGGAGGACAUGAUGAGCAGCAGGCCCGCGGUGAAAAGGGGCUGCGAUGUCCCCAAGCCGCUCACCAUCAAGGAGCGCCUCAAGGAUAAGGCCGGGAUUGAGGAGUACGCAAAGAAGGCGAGUCAGUGGAUCGUGCAGGGCAUGCAGGAUGAUGCGAAGAAGAAGUAG